AUAUAACUGAUUUGCUGGUUAAACUAGUUAAUCAUAUGUUAACAAAUUGGCAGAAGUAAUCAUUAAACGUACAUACGUUUUUAUUAUACAUACUAAACAUUUUUACAGUUAAUUUAAAAAAUGUCUAUUAUAAGAAUUGAUACAAAUGUUUCACAUUUGGACAUUGAUGACACAUUUUUAGUGCAAACUACGGAAGCUCUUGCCAAAACUUUACAGAAACCGAAAUCUGAUAUUUUAGCAUUUGUUAAUGGAGAYCAACCUAUUCUUAUUGCUGGUUCUUCAGAACCAGCAGUAAUAGUAUCAUUACUCAGUGUAGGUGGUAUAAAUGAAAUUGAUAACAAACUCCAUUCGGCUGCAUUGUUUUCAUUGAUUACAAAAUAUCUAAAAAUAAAUGAAAAUAGGAUUACAAUUUUAUUCAGUCCAAUUGAAAMACAUGCCAUGGGACGCAAUGGAAAAAAUAUAAUUCAAUAAAACUUUAUAAUUUAUAUUGUGUAACCUAUUUUUUAUUAAUUUUAUUGCUGAAA